GCUUCCCAUCCAGGAAAAGGAGCGGUAGCAGCAAGGAAGGCUGUCCAUAAUAUCAGGAAGAGGGCAGAGGAAGUGGGCAGUGACCUGUAUGACGGAGAGAGAGAGAGAGAGAGAGAGAGAGAGAGAGAGAGAGAGAGAGAGAGAGAGAGAGAGAGAGAGAGAACUGGACUUGGACAGCUGGACUUCAACAUUUGGUGGCUUCUGGAUGAGAAAACCACAUCAGGGGCAAUACUUUUAAAAAGUGUUAUUUUUCUGGUGAGAUGCUCCAGACUCUCUGAGAUUUGUAGCUGCUGUGACGACGCAGACAGGUUUGCAUCUUUUCACAAGGAUAAAAGAGGAUAAGAGUCAAUAUCUCUCUGACUUUUUCUUUAUUUUUCUUUUUAGUUUGGUGCUUCUUGACCCUUGGAGAGGCUGAUUGUCUGACGAUCCGUUUGCAGUAUUUAAUCAUUAGAAAUUCUGCAGUCUGGUCUCCAGUGGAAGAAAAAGGAUUUGACAAGAGAAAACCCUCUGCCGGUACACCUGCUGCUUUUUUUUCUGUCAGAAAGCACCUGAGAAAAAAGACAUCAGAACGAAGGAGAGGUGGCUUUUUGACAAACUAAAUCAACCGAGAAGGACGACACCUUGAGAAAUCUGAUCUCCGUCUGAUUUCAGAUUCCAGCAGGAUCUUUCCCCGCUCCCUCUCUUCCCUCUUCCUGUCAUCUUUCCGUAGAUGAUGGCUUGGCUCCAGAUGUGGACGACAGGAUUUAUGGCCCUGGCUGUUUCCCUUACUGUGGCUGAGGACUCUGGACUUCCUGUGGUACAAGAAUCCAUGGAAGUUGGGAGAGAAGAGCCUCAGCAGGUGCUGUUGAGGCAGAAGAGAGAAUGGGUCUGGAACCGUAUGUUUGUGGAAGAGGAGAGACCUGCACCCGCCCCGUAUAAGAUAGGACAGUUGAAUUCAACCCGAACAGCAGAGCGGAUCAACUUUGUGAUAGAAGGAGAAGGUGCAAACUCCAUCUUCAAAGUGGAUCACAAAGGAGACAUAUUUGUUACCAAGGCUCUGGACCGAGAGGAGAAGAGCCUGUACCGUCUGACUGCCCGGAUGUAUGAUGGGAAUGAAAGGCUGUUAGAGGAUGCUGGAGAAUUCAUUGUCCAUGUGACAGACAUCAAUGACAACAGCCCUGUUUUUCCUAAAACGUACAACGGCUCCAUCAUGGAGAGGUCCAAGAUUGGAACUAAAGUUGUGGAGGUGAGGGCAACAGAUGCUGAUGACCCAACCACUGCUAACGGGGAGCUGAGGUACUCUUUGAUGCAAGAUGGAGACUGGUCUGCAUUUGAAAUUGACCCUGUAACAGCUAUGAUCAAGUCCAAGUUAGAUUCUCUGGAUCGAGAAAUCAGGAGUCAGUAUGUGGUGGUAGUGAAGGCCCAGGAUACCAGGGGAAUGCCCACUGGUAGCACCGCCACCACCUCAGUGACCAUCACCAUCACCGACACCAAUGACAACAUUGCUUCUUUUGCCAAAAGAACGUAUGACUUGCAGAUUCCUGAGGACAAAAAGCUCAAUGAGAAGGUCGGCACUUUGGACCUGGUGGACAAAGAUGAGAUUCAGAACAAAGAUCCGAUCUUCACCAUCACGCCGCCAUAUAACAACAUGUUUGAUGUUGAACUCAGCCCCAACAAGGAUGGCAACCUUAUUCUCAAACAGGCUUUGGACUAUGAAACUAGAAGCAGCUACAGUUUCACGAUUCACGUGCGAGAAAACAGCCUGCAGUUUCCUGCUGACAACAAGGACAGCGCUGUCACCAAAGCCCAGAUAAACAUCAGGGUGGUGGAUGUAGAUGAGGCGCCAAUCUUCUCCAAGCCCAUCUACACCUUCAACGUGUUGGAGGAGAGGAUGGUGAAUAACAUAGGAACUGUCGCAGCCAGAGACCCUGACAGAGCCAAUAAGAGCAUCAGGUAUUCCAUCGAAGACGAGAACUGUCCCAUCGCUGUAAACCCUUUAACAGGUCAGCUGUCCACGCUGAAGGCACUGGACAGAGAGCUGGAGGACACACACAUGUGUCAAGUCAAGGCUCAGGAGGAGCCGAGUGGUUUGGUGUCUUUUGUCAAAGUGAACAUCAUAGUUCAGGACAUCAACGACAACAAGCCCGAGCUGUCUGUGGACGAGGUUUUUGUCUGCGAGAACGACAAGGAGGACACGGUCAUAGGGACGUUGCAAGCCUUCGAUAAAGACGAGCAGCAGCCUUCCUUCACCUUCAGUCUGACCAAAUUCAGCACCAACUUCACCCUCAAAGACUACGGCAACAACACAGCAGACCUCAAAGUGGUCCAAGGCCCGUUCAGCCUCGACGAAUCCAGUGAUUAUAAUCUUGAGGUGUUCAUCGACGACGGUGGUCGACCCAGUCAGAACAGUGUAACGCGUCUGACAGUCAAGGCUUGUCGGUGCGAUGGCAGGCGCAUUCCUACACAGUGCAAAACAGGUGCUCGGAGGAUGGGAGUCAGUGUUCAUGCCCUGAUCGCCAUUCUGCUCUGUAUACUCACCAUACUGGUUAUAGUUAUCCUGAUAGUGAUGAGGAAACGCUACCAGAAGAACUCACUGGCGAAUAUGAAGAACAGCGGCGAGAUCCACGAGCAGCUGGUCACAUACGACGAGGAGGGUGGAGGAGAAAUGGAUACCAAUGGCUACGAUGUCUCAAUCCUAUCCUCUGCUUGCCAUGAUGGAUCCCUACUCCGCCACCCGGAGUUCCAUCCCCAACCUUCUCUGUAUGCCAUGGUCCAGAAGCCUCCGCACCAUACUCAAUCUGCAGCAUGUAAGGAUGAUAUGGCGGCAAUGAUUGAGGACAAGAAGGAUGAGGCAGACCGUGACAGGGAUGGCUUUCCCUUCGACACUCUCCACAUCUACGGCUACGAGGGCCCUGAGUCUUUAGCCGGGAGCCUCAGCUCUCUGGAAAGUUCCUCCUCUGGUUCUAGUUUGGAUUAUGACUUCCUGAACGAUUGGGGGCCGCGGUUCAAGACCCUGGCUGAAUUGUACAGCGUAGAUGAAUCUGACUGCUAUCAUCUGUACUGAAGGAGUGUCUGCAGAUAAGCAUGUAUGAUGCCAAAAUAAAUACACGCAACAGUGAUGGUAAACAGCCAUAAAAAUACACUCGUACACUGGCAAGAAGCUGACAGGAAACGUACACAUACACACGCGGGCCUUUGAUUUUUUUUGCCUGAUUUUUGUUUAUGCAUGCGGAGCAGCAAGAAACAUUUUCCAAAGACUUCUGUAGCUUCUGAAAAGAGAAUCAGGACUAUCAUUUUUGCAGAGGAAUGUCUGCAAUGGUUUGUUGUGUCAUGUAGCUCAGUGAGUUCUCCAGUUUGCUCCUCCAAGACGAGUGAAGAAGGGUUUUGUUUUCGGCUUUCUUUUCUAUUUUUUAUGUUUUAGAUUUUUAACAUAUAUCACAGAGUGUGGAAGCAUAAGAGCAGAAGCUGCUGAUGUGGAAGAAUAACUGAUCCAUCCAUGUAUUUUAUCCCAUGACAGUGCUUUUUAAAAAAUGUUUAGCAUCCUAUGUUUUUUAAUUAUACCCAUGAACAACCCGUGUCCAAUCAAAUGUCAGUCCAAGAGCCAGAUCAUCUAAAUAAUGAAGGAAUAAUUACAUCACAAAACUUUUUAUGAUUACAAAAUAAUAAUAUUUGAUUAAGCAGGUAGAGCAGGUAGAUCAGUGGAAUAGACAGAGAUGGACUACCAACGUGUAGACCUGGGUUGGGUUCCAAGUCACGCUACCUGUCUGUAUCCUUGGACAAGACACAUAAUACACAUUGUCCCCGUCCACCUAGCUGUAAAUGCGGACUGGCCUAGGCUUGGAAAGUAACUGGCAAUGGACUGGCAUCCUGUCCCCGGGGGGUUGGGGGGGACUCAACUACUCCAUGCUAUAGAAACUGUGGAUAGGCACCAAUGGCCUGUUUUAACUGCCAUAACUUGACCUACUUCCUAAAUGUCACAUAUAUUUACUGGAAAGGCCAGAUAAUUGGUCUCCAUUGUAGUGAUGACAUUCCAGACUAGUUCUGCAACAGUUCGGGCCGCACUGUAGAUUUUCUCAUUGCACCUUGAGUGCUUGAGUCCUCAUUGGGCUUUGUCCAUUGAGAAGAACGCCAACAAUGCCUGUACCUCUUCAUCCACCAAUCUGUUGCCUCCGCUCCUGUGUGAGUUAAUCACAAAUGAGCCUCAAGCAAAAAUUGUUGGGCAAGGCGCCCAACAAUUUUUCAAUGCCACUCAGAAGUACUUACCCCUGAGCAGACACUUAUUUCACCCCCCUGUGAAAAAGGGCCCAAAAAUCAUCUUUCAGGGGUGGUCCCUGCGAUGCAGAGGUGCAAAGGUGUCAGAUCCCCUAAAAUGGUCCGUGAGUCCCUGCCGCAGAGAUGGGCUUCAUAUAUGCCCAAUCCAAUUUCACACCAUUUCAUGAUGGCAUCACAAAAGGUAAAUUAAUCUAUUGGUUCAUGAUACCGUCAAGAACAGUACCACAUUUUUGUGACAUGAGCAUUAAUUCAUUUCAUGAUAGUAUCAGGUGC